CCAAAGGGCUCCUGGCUAAGAAAGGAGCGAGGGAAGGCUUGUCUGUCCCUGGCAGCUGGCUGAGUGGGGGGCCCUCCACUGGCCUCCAGCCCUCCGGUUGCUAAUGUCUCUCAGGGCUGAAGACCAGGCAGGCUCCCCACAGUGGGACCCCCCCAGAGCCAAGAAAGGGGGCAUCAGGAGGCGACUCGCCUGGCUUUUCUCCAGAAGUGAGAUCAGCCUGACGGAGCUGCAGCGGAAGGAGGGCAUCAGGGAUGGCCCCAGCACCCCAGGAGCUGCAGCCCACCAGGAUGGGAAAGGGAAGGGCAGGAGGAAAGAGAAGAGGAGCAAGUUGCAGGGGUCUUUGCAGAGGAUGGCCGAGGAGGACAAGAUCUCAGCUGGGGGAAGACGCAGCGAGGAGCCCCCCCAUCCCAGUGGGCCCCAGAAGGCAUCUUCGAAGCUGCAUGCUCUCAGCUACUCGGAGUCCGACCUCUGGAGGAACGGCCUCCUGCGGACGUUUGGGACCCUGCCCUGGCGGAGGCGGCAAAGCAGUCAGCUGGAGCUCUCAGGCACCAGCGCUGGUGGUACGGGUCAUCUGGGGAGCUCACUGGGCCAGUCCUGGCCUUUUGCGCGGCUACAGAGACCUGCGGUCGGCAGUGAUUUGGAUAUGGCAGGCCGGCUUGACUUGUGCUCUGCUGGGAACCUGGCCGGAGAGCAGGAGACUCCAAAGCCAUCUGCUUGGCCCAUGGACACGGAGAAUUCGAAGCCAGCCACACCCAGCCAGGUGGAAAUCUUCACAUCCUUUGACUCUCUGCUGGACAAAGAAGAUGGGAGCUCCUGGGGAGAAUCUGUCUCCAUUGGCAGCACCUCCCUGGACAUCCCUGCCAGCCCCAAGAUGCAGGGGGAAGACUACAAGCAUCCAGCCUCCCAGGAGGAACCCAGCAGAGCCCCAGAGCCUCUGACAGAAUGGGCUGAAAGCCUUUUCCAAGAGUAUUUAGACUCAGGGACCUUCCACCCUAAGGCAGCGGGGCAGCCAGACCAUGCGAGUCAUGGCCAUAGGGAAUCUAUCUCUGAACCGGAGACCUGUCCAUUUGCCAGUCCUUCCUAUAAUCAGAUCAGCAGGAUGGAGGAACCUGCAAUAGGCAGAGAAAGCCCGGAACGGCCUCUGGAGACUAUCCGGGGGGUUGAACCCGCCCCUGCCAAGAGGCCUGUGAAGAUCCGCUACGAGGUAAUGAUCACUCUGACCAAGGAGCAGGAAGAGGCUGCGAAGAGCAGAGCAGAGGAUCUGCUUAGGGUAUGUGGGAAUGGACUGGGUUCCCAUGGAGCCGCGAAGCCAGCUGGGGAAGCAGGAGUUUCUCAGGAGGUUGCUGAGUUGCAGAAAAUGGAUGAGCAAUGUCAUGGGGAACCAGCCAGACCGGCUCCCCAGCUGGCAGCACGCAAGGAAUUCCAAAACUUCAUGCUGCAAAGGGAGGGUACUGCUGGGGUGACCGGGCAGGUCCGCCCAGUCACAGGGUGCCUGGUGACACCGCUGCAAGGAUCAGUGCCCAGCCCCAGGCAGAGACGGGACUGGCAGGAACAGAGCCUGUCCCACUGCAGGGAUCUCUCCGUAGCGGAGGGGAGAGCCGUCCGCACGGCAGGAGCCCCGGCCAGCAGCGCCCCCAGCUCCUUCGGGCCGUGCAGAGACGGCGAGGAAGCCCAGUCAGAGAGAGCCUGUGACGCUGGGACGGGGCUAGACGAGAUGAAGAAGGUCGGUGGUAGCGCCUGCGCCCAUCACUCCAAGCCGGGAAAGUCGACUCAGAGCACCUGGUUCAGCUGGAAGAAAACGCCUGCUGAUCAUCCCAAGGAAGAGGCCAAGCCCUGCAUCCGCAAGGUCUCUCUGCUGUCGCGGAGGUUAGAGGCUGCUGCCAGCUCCUCCCGGGUGGCGAUGCUGCUGGAGGCCUGGGAAAAGGGGACAAUAGGCAGGGAAUCUGUAGACUUGCCUUCUCCAACAGACAGCAGCUGCUCCCGAUCUCCCGGCCUGCAGAAGGAUUUCUCUGAACACACUCCCGUGUUCUCACAGAUCUAUUCGCCGGUUCAAAAGGAGACGAGGCCGACAGAAAGGGGAAAGCAGGCUGCUGAUAGCACUACGGUCACUGAAUCCCAGAGGGAUGGCCACCUGUCCCGCGCUGCCAGCACCGCCAUACCCACUGGGUCCCCAAGAGAAAGCCACAAGCCCAGUGCUCGUAGCACCACUACACCCACUGGGUCCCCAAGAGAAAGCCACAUGCCCAAUGCUCGUAGCACCACUACACCCCCUGGGUCCCCAAGAGAAAGCCACAUGCCCAAUGCUCGUAGCACCACUACACCCACUGGGUCCCCAAGAGAAAGCCACACGCCCAAUGCUCGUAGCACCACUACACCCACUGGGUCCCCAAGAGAAAGCCACACGCCCAGUGCUCAUAGCACCACUACACCCACUGGGUCCCCAAGAGAAAGCCACACACCCAGUGCGGUUGGCACCAAUACGCCCAUUUGUUCCCCAAGAGAAAGCCACAGGCCCAGUGCUGUUGGCGUCACUCCUGUGACCAGUUCCCAAAGGCAAUCGCACUUCCCAAAUGCUGGCAGCACGACUGUAUUUAGAUCCGAAAGGGAAAUCCUCAUGCUCAAAGCCGGAAGCACUGUUGGGUUUAGAUCCGGAAGAGAAGUCAUUGUGCCUACCGUUGAGAGCACCAGUGUAAGCGAAUUCACACAAAGGAGUGGCACGUCUGUCCCUGGAUCCCCAAGCGAAAGCUGCUGGCAAUGUGCUGGUGGAAGCCUGAUGGCCCUUGGUGAGGCUGCUAGUAGCUCUGCAGCUGGAUCGCUGGGAGAAAACUGCAUGAUGCAAGCUGGCAGCACUGAUGUGAGUGAAUCCCAAGGAGACAGGGGCAUACUGGGCGCCUUUAGCACCAGCAUAACUGAACCCCAGAUGCAGACCAGUCCCUUCGCUGUCAGCAGAUCUGAAACCGAAUGCAGCCUGCCAGGUCCGGGUGGUGCGGCCACAGCUGGGUCAGAAAUGGAAAGCAGCGUGCCAAACACUGAGGGGGCCGUUUUAGCUGCACCCGGGACAAAGAACACAUCUAAGGCUGCUGGCGAACCUGGAAAUAGCACCCAAGCAGAAAGUGGCAAUCCAGAGCCUUCAGCUAGAGUGCAGCUGUCGGCCUCCCAGGCUAAGGUCAGGGGAGAGGGGGAUGAACCAGCUCAGAACUCUGAGGGAUCUGCCCAAGAGCCAAACGUUUCAUCCGAAGAGACCAAGGCCUCCCCUGAAGACUUGAGCCAUGCCCAGCCAACGGGGAGUCACCAGGAGAUGACAGAGGAGGACCCCGACCUGUCUGUGGACAUGGAACUUUUGGUGGACACCCUCCGCAACAUGGAGCCCUCCGAAAUCCGAAAGCCUCCCAAGAUCUCCCGGCUGUCGCGCUGUUCCUCGCGUGGAAAAUACGCCACCCUGCCGCCCAUUGAUGAGUAUCACGUCGCUCCCAAGUCCCAGGUUCCCUUCCCGGAGGCCCUGAGCGAGCUCUUUGGUCGGACGGAAUGGAAGCAGCUGGAGGAGAAUGGACCGAAACAGGAGAAUGUGGAUCCCUCCGGGGAGGAGGAAGAGGAGAUAGAGAACCCGUAUCUCAGUAAGGAUGAGAAGCCACAGGCCAAAGAGGAGCCCAGGAAAGUUUACCCCUGGGAAAACAUGUCAACUGAAAUAGAAGAGAAGACGCUGUCUCUCCUGGGGAAGUUGAGGCAGCCCCCAGGGGAUGAGAAAACUUCCAGGAAUCAGAGCAUCCUUUUCAACGCUAACAUCCUCAAAGGCGCCUCCCUGCUGAAAGAGCUCCAGGAGCAGAAGGCAGUCCCCACAGAAGACAAGCCCUACUCCCGCUUGGACAGCAGCCUCCUCUACAGACGGUACGUCUCCUCUGUGACGCCCCCACUCAAAGCUCUGGAGAAGGAGCGAGAAGGAAGGAGCUCACCCACGCCAAUUGACCCGGCUCUGCUAAAUGCCAGCAGGCAGAGCUGGAUGCCACCCAAUGGACCACAGUUGAAACCCUGCAAACAGCUGACCUCUGAGCCUUCCCCUGCUGGACUCCAGGAGAUGACAACAGUCCUCUCUCUGGACCCUCAGAAGGCACCAGGCACAGACAAAAACACUGGCCAGAUUCCUCUGCUCUUCGUGGAGGCUGAGCAGAAAAAUACUCCUCCCCCGUUGCUGGGUCACCCUGCAGCUGGGCAAGAGGCAAAGAAACCCUCCCCGAAGCUCAACGGGAGACCUGGGAAGAUCAUUCUGUUCUCCGAGUCGGGCUUUGUGGGCCAGAAGAGGGAGAUCUGGGGCGACGUCGCUGAUGCUACGUCCUGGGAGCUCUCCCACACCAUCUCCAUCCAGGUGGUCCGAGGGUGCUGGGUGAUGUACGAGAAGCCGCGGUUCCAUGGGCGGAAGUGUGUGCUGGCUGAGGGGGAUGUGGAGAUCAACAAUCCAUGGACAGCCUAUGGGAAAGACGGGGAGGCGCCUGAGAACGCGCCCUUCCGCAUCGGCUCCUUCAAGAGGGUGGUGAGGGAUUACCGGAUCCCCGAGAUCAGUUUGUUUACUGAGGAGAAUGGAGAAGGCACAAAAGUGAAGUUCACAGAUUCCUCAGAAGACACCCGGGUCCGUGGCAAGCCCUUGAAGGCCUCUUCCAUCAUUGUCCACUCUGGCCUGUGGCUCAUUUACUCCAAACCUUUCUUUGAUGAUGACCCCUAUGUUUUGGAGCCUGGCGGGUAUCCCAAUUUAAAAGCCUGGGGUGCGAAGGACCCUUCCGUCUGCUCUAUGCAUCCUAUUAAACUGGGCUGCCCUGCUGUAGAAAAACCUGGAGAGCCCAAGGCAGUGAUCUACGAGAAGGCAUGUUUCCAGGGCCACAGCUGCGAAGUGAACCGAGACAUCUAUGCUCUGAAGAAAGAGGAGAACAGCCAGGGCCCUGUGAUGUCCACGGUGGGGUCUCUGCGCAUCCUGGGGGGCUGCUGGGUCGGCUACGAGAAGGAGGGGUUCCGGGGCCACCAGUAUCUGCUGGAGGAAGGCGAAUACCAUGACUGGACACAGUGGGGAGGCUACAGCGACGAGCUGGUGUCCUUACGGCUGAUCCGGACGGACUUCUCGGACCCGGCGCUGGUGCUCUUCAAGGCCAUGGACUUCCAGGAUGGGCCCAGUGUGGAGCUAAGCGAAGCGCUGCCCAACGUGGAGCUGGCCGGCUAUGGAAUCACAACCCAGUCCAUCCAUGUGCUGAGUGGAGUGUGGGUGGCCUAUGAGAACACGAACUUCUCAGGCGAGCAGUACAUCCUGGAGAAAGGAGUGUAUCGGAACUGUGAGGACUGGGGAGCCAGUGCCGGCCGGAUCGCCUCUGUGCAACCUGUCCUCCAGGUUGGGCAGCACAGUCUGCAUUUUGUCUCCAGGAUCCAGCUGUUCUCAGAUCCCGAUUACCUGGGUGAUCAUGUCUCCUUUGAGGACGAUCAGGUGUCCCUGCCGGAGGCCUUCGCUCCCCAGUCCUGCAGGGUCCAUGGAGGCAGCUGGAUUCUCUACGACGGCUGGGAGUUCGAGGGGGAACAGCACAUUCUAUCGGACGGUGAGUAUCCGACGCUCACCGCCAUGGGCUGCGUCUCAUCCACGGCCAUCCGGUCGCUGCAGAAGGUCCCAAUUGUAAGUAUUUCAAAUCCCAAUGCCGCUGCUUCCUCCCCAUUCUCAGUUUCUUGUCUUUGCCCCCAGCGUCUGCCCGUUUGGAUGUGUAUCGCCAUGUGCAUUCUCCCUGCCUGCCCCAUCCUGCCCCUUCGCUGCCUCCAUUCCUUUCCCUUUUCCCUGCAGUUUUUCUCGGAGCCCUCAAUCUUCCUGCAUGGGCUGGAGUGUUUCGAAGGGAAGGAGAUAGAGCUGACCAGCGAGGUGCGGAGCCUGCAGGCUGAGGGCUUCAAUAACCACGUGCUGUCUGUGCGCGUGAAAGGCGGGAUAUGGGUGCUGUGUGAACACAGCAACUUCCGAGGCCGCCAGUGGCUGCUGGACUGUACGGAGAUCACCAACUGGCUGACCUACAGCGGGCUUCAGCACGUAGGCUCUCUCUACCCCAUCAGGCAGAGACGGAUCUACUUCCGGAUAAAAAACGCAGAGCUGCAGUUCUUCCUCUCUGUCCCAGACGACGUUGAGGACAUGAAAGCAGGACGCGUGGUGGUCUCGGACCUGAGUGACCAGAGCAGCUCCAUCUGGUACUACGAGGAGGGGCUCAUCAAAAACCAGGUUGCCCCCACCAUGAGCCUGCAGGUGAUUGGUCUGGGCGAGAAAGGUGCCAAGGUGGUGCUGUGGGCUGAGAGCCGAGUUCCCCGCCAGACCUGGAGAAUCGAUUCUUUUGGGCGGAUCUGUAGCCAGAUGUUUGAGGACAUGAUCCUGGAUGUGAAAGGGGGCAGACUGUAUGACCGAGAUCACGCCAUCCUCUGGGACGUGGCUGAGGAAAGACCCACGCAGAUCUGGGACAUACAAGUGCUCUAAGAGCUUACAUUCAGGCCUGGAUCCUGUUGGAGGUGCCACCAAGUGCCCCCAGCUCUUCCCAUGGUCUUUCUGGGUUAUCAGGGUUCCCUGCAAACUGAUUCAGAGGUGCUUCUACCAGAAAGUAUCCCCUGCCCUGGAAUGGAGCCUGGACGGGCACGUCUCUGCAGCCUCUCCUCUGCCCGCUGGCCAUUCUAGGGUUGUGACUACUCCAGUUCAACCCUUUGUCAAUUCCAGGGAUUACCUGGGAGUGGAGGUGGCACUGACUGUCCUGUUUCAGCAUUCAGGGGCUCAUCAGGACCCACCUAAACUAUAGCGAAUCACCCGUGUAGUGCCAUGCGGUACCCGUGUGCACACAUGUUGUGAGUGCGAGCAAUGGGCCAUCUGGAGUCCUCAGGCUCCAAGCCGGCUCUGGUGCGACUGAUUUGGGCUGUACAGCAAAGACUGAAACGCAGACUCCUGCCCUGUCAUGGCUUCCUAAGCCCCUGUAUUUAUGUGUGCGUCAGCUACAAUCCUUUUUCUAACACCAGCUCUCCGGCUGGGUGCUUGGUUUGUACCACCAGUCGCGCGCUAACAUACUCGUUGAGUUGGUCUCUGAGAUGCCGCUCAAUGGAUGGACGUGAGACACUAGGGCAGGGGUUCUCAAACUGGGGGUCAUAAC